AUGACCCCCAUGACCCUGGGGACCCCCCCAAUGUCACAUGACCACGCCCCCUCGCGCUGGCCACGCCCCCUCCCCUCACGGCCGCCGCCGCCGCCGCGGCCGGACCGGAACCGGACCGGAACCGGAACCGGACCGGAACCGGGGCCGGAACCGGGGCCGGAAGCGGAACCAGAACCGGAACCAGAACCGGAACCGGCCCCGGAGCCGCCGCCGAGCCCCCGGCCCCGAGCCCGCCAUGGGGGCCGGGGGGGGGGCGCGGGGCGGGCCCCCCGGGCCGGGGGGGAGCGGCUGAAACGGCGGGACCGGGACCGGGACCGGGACCGGGGGGGGGCCCGGGGUGAGGGGGGGUCCCGCCAUGGGCUGCAACAUGUGCGUGGUGCAGAAACCCGAGGAGCAGCACCGGGUGAUGCUGCAGGUGGGCGGCAGGGAGGGGUCGCGCCGGGGGGGCCCCCGGGGGGGCUCGAAGGAGCCGCUGGUGCUGACGGUGCUGGGGAGGGGUCCCCGCGGCGCCCCCCCCCGCCGCCCCCCGCCCGGGGGGGGCCGGGACCCCCACCCACAAUUCUGGGGGGGCUCGUGGACAGCGGCACCCAGACGGACAUCAGCUUCCAGAGCCGCCGGGGGGGCGCCGAGCCGCCCCCCCAGGAUUACUUUGACCCCGCGGAUUUGGGGGAGCCCGAGCGCCCCGAGGAGCUGGAAUAUGAGGAGGUGCAGCUGUACAAGACCAGCCACCAGCUCGGCAUCACCGUCUGCUACCGCACGGACGGCGAGGAGGACCCCGGCAUCUACGUGGGGGAGGUGAACCCCAACAGCAUCGCAGCCAAGGACGGGCGGAUCCGAGAGGGAGACCGGAUCGUGCAGAUCAACGGGGUGGAGAUCCAGGACCGGGAGGAGGCCGUGGCCUUCCUGACCCGCGAGCAGCAGACCAACAUCUCCCUGCUGCUGGCCCGGCCCGAGAGCCAGCGCUGGAAGGACAGCGACCGAGAGGAUUUCCUGGACGAGUUCGGCUCCGACGAGGAACCGGAGCUGAGGGGGGCCUGGACACCCCCCGGGCAGCCCCCCAGCCCCGCCACGCCCGGCGGCGGCCGCGCCGAGCCCGACAGCGGCGUGGGGCGCACGGACGAGUCCACGCGCAACGAGGAGAGCUCGGAGCACGACCUGCUGGCCGAGGAGGCCGGCGAGGGACCCCCCCCGCCCCCACGGCCUCCCCCGCCGCGCCGCGAACCCCAAAAUCCCCAAAAUUCUCCCCAAAAUUCCCCCCAAAACUCGGCGCGGCUCCACGCAAAACCCGGCGCUGGAGGAGCGGCCGCGCGGAACGGCUCCGGCUGCGGGUCGGCGGGAAGAGCCGGAGGUGGAGCAGGCGGGCGGCGCGGAGCGGGGCCGGAGCCGGGACCGGGGUUCGGACCGGGGUUCGGACCGGGGUUAGGCUCCGGUUUAGGCCCGGGUUUGGGGCCGGGGUUAGGCCCGGGUUUGGGACCGGGUUUAGGCUCCGGUUUAGGCCCGGGGUUAGGCCCGGGUUUGGGGCCGGGGUUAGGCCCCGGUUUAGGCCCCGGCUCGCCGUCGCCGCCGCUGCCCGCGCUGAGCCCCGCGGAGCUCCGGCGGUACCGGGCGCUGCGCGGGCGCGGAGCUCCGAGCGGGCCGGGCCGGGCGGAGCUGGCGCGGCUCGAGGAGGAGCUGCGGCAUUUGGAGUUCAAGUGCCGCCACCUCCUGCGGGCGCAGCAGCUCGAGCGGCUCCGCGAGCGCGGCCGCCGCGCGUGGCGGGACCCCCGGCCGGGGGUCGAGGGCCCUUUGGCCGAUAUCGCCGAAGCUCCGGAGCGCGACAGCAGCAGCGCCUACAACACCGGCGAGAGCUCCCGCAGCUCCCCGCUGCUGCUCCGCGCCGGCCUCGCCGCCGCCGCCGCGCCGCCCCCCGCGCCCGCGGCCGCCGCCAAAGGGCCCCGCGGGAAGCGGCCGGGCCGGGACCGGCUGCUCAAGGCUCGGGCCAUCAAAAUCCUGGAGGAGCGCGGCGGCUCCACCGACGACGACGCCCGGAGCGAGUUAAAGACCGGCCGCUACUGGAGCCGCGAGCAGCGCAAGCAGCACCUGGCCCGGGCCCGGGAGCAGCGGCGCCGCCGGGAGUUGCUGCUCCAGGGGCGGCCCGAGGCGCCGGCGGGGCCCGGAGCGGCCGCGGGCAGCGGGGCGGGGGGCGCCGAGACCCCCCAGCCCCCCCAGCACGGGCAGGGGUCGCGGCGGGGGCUGCGCAAGAGGAGCCGCCGCAUCCUGGAUAAUUGGGUGACGAUCCAGGAGAUGAUGCUGGCGCAGCACGGGGGGCGCCUGGAGCACCCCCUGCUCUCGGUCACCACCGUGUGACACCCCCGGGGGGAGUUUGGGGGGCAAAAAUUCAUCCAAUCC